AUGCUCAAGUACAUUUUAUCGGUAAUAAUCAAUUACGUAUUGGCGAGGAAAAUCUUGAUGAUAUUCUGGAACCAAAUACCGUAAUGAUGGCAUUCUUUGCCCGGGAUGAGCCAGAAAUCGUGGGUACUUUAUACACAGAAGGCCGGCAUUCGACUAGUUAUCAUAAUUUACUGAAAUAA